GUCACUCUCUCUCUAUCUCUCUCUCCCUCCCUCAAAUCAAAUCAAGCUUCUUCGAUUUCCCUCGUAGGAUCAAUGGAAAUUCACGGCGAUGUCUAGCUAGGGGAAGACAAUAAUGGAAUCGUUGAUUGGAGUUGAUCGUACUGGCUUAGAAUCCUUAAAUCCGGGGGCGAUGUGCAGUCGCAGAGCUUGGACACACUCAGAGCUGGCCCCUCCCUCAGUGAGCGUGAAUGAAUUGGAUCUGGUGAGAGGCCUCUUACAAGCUUUGCAAGGUCUGUCUAGUCCCUUCAUUUUCUGGGACAAUGUUGCACAGACUUUCCGCGCUAAAACUGAGAUUCGCGUCUCUCAUUUGUCUCACUCAAGCCUUCAUGUCCUUCUCUCUGGUUUUUUGUAUGCCGCUACAUGUUUGAAGCUUGUGGAGUCUAUCGUUGCUCGAAUACAUACCUCUCUGACCUCUCCUCCUACCUUAAUGGCAUUUUCUAACUCUGUCUCUGCUUGGCUUGAGAGACUCAGAGAUAUUGCUUUGAACGAGGAAGUCACCAUCAACAAUUCUAAUCUUAGUGUCACUCCAACCCUCUUGGGAUUAACUAGUUCUUUAUCUAGUCUGUGUUCAGGUGCUGAAUAUCUUUUACAAGUUGUACGAGGUGCAAUCCCUCAUGCGUAUUUUGAGUCAAGUUCUACUAUUUCGACAGCUGAAAUCGCUGUCCACCUUCUUGAUUACCUUUACAAGAGGCUGGAUGAAGUAUGCCUUGUUGAAGGUGGUGAGGUGGAAGGAUUUCACAUGCUGCUGCAAAUCUUUGCUGGAAGUUUAUUGCCAUACGUAGAGGGUUUGGAUUCAUGGUUGUUUGAGGGAACUCUUGAUGAUCCUUUUGGAGAGUUGUUUUUUACAGCCAACCAAGCGGUCUCCGUUAACGAUGCAGAGUUUUGGGAGAAAAGCUAUAUGUUGAUGAGGGUUGCCGGCCAUAAAUCAAAUGUAGCUUCGCUAAAUGAAAAGAAAGGACUGAGUGGAAAUGACUCCAAUUUAGUUUCUGACAAAGACCGACAGCAGAAUAAUCCGGUGUUAUGCCCAUUAUUCAUAAAAGACAUAUGUAAGUCGAUUGUUUCUGCUGGAAAGUCACUGCAGCUGGUGCAGCAUAUUCCUUCGACGUCUUCCGGAACCUCUGGAAAGAUUCAGUACCAUGGGAGAAAUGGUUUUGGGAAUUCUGGCUGUGGACUACUGGCUGAAAAGAACAACUUUAGGAGCACUGCAGACUUAUCCUUGUCUGAAAUCUUUUGUCUAACACUUGCCGGCCUUAUAGGCCAUGGGGAUCAUGUCUCUAGAUAUCUGUGGAAAGAUGAAGCGGGUGAGUGGGAGAUUUCUCCAACUUUAGCAUCAUAUGUAAGUGGAGAGCUGGAAAAUGGCAUGGAUGAUAAAGAUCUUCCAGUUCGCACGUGCUCGGAACGAAUGUGGUAUAAGUUGUUGGUCGGUGUUGUGGAAGAAAAACUAGCUAUGGAGGCCAAAUCAGAACACCAGAGUGCAUGUGGUGUUUCUGGUGUUAAUGACGAAAACAACGGUCUCACUGUCAAAAAGGCGUUGCAGGGUUUAUUCUGUCAUGAAAACCUUGUUGUUUCAGUAUCUAAAAUGGAUCUUCAGAGGAAUAAAAAUGCUUUGAAUGUCUUAAACUUAUCACACAACUAUUGUCUACCCUCUUUAAAUGAUGAGAGUUUGUUGAGUGCUGUUUUUGAGGGAUCUGGCGUGGCAGAUGCUGGAUUGAGCGGCACAAACUACAAAUUUGGAUUCCAAUUUGGUAGAUCUGAAUAUCUUUCUUCUCAGGAUGACACAAAAAUUCUAGAAACGUUGUUUCCCUUUCCCACGUUGCUUCCGUCAUUCCAGCCGAAGCUCCAUAUGUCCGAAUUUCUACCUUUCCAAAAGAAUAGUACACUUCCUUCAAGAGUUCUCAGCUGGAUGCUAAAGGCAGAGCCAAGGGAUACUCCACUUCCUGUUGUAAUAAUGCAAGAAUGCUUCUCAAUCUACAUAAGGAGGCAGGUGGACUACAUUGGCAAAGUAAUUUUGUCAAAACUAAUGCAUGAUUGGAAAUUGAUGCACGAACUCGCGGUGUUGCGUGCCAUUUUCUUGUUAGGUUCAGGGGACCUUCUGCAGCAUUUUCUGACUGUGAUAUUCAAUAGGCUGGGGAAGGGAGAGUCAUCAAACGAUGAUUUUGAUUUGAACAUAAUCCUUCAGGAAUCAAUUAGAAAUUCAGCUGAUGCCAUGCUGUUUAGCAGUCCUGAUUCGUUGGUGGUAUCUAUUUCCAGAGAAGGUUGUUUAGACAAAGACAAAGAUGACAAGGGUUACGUAAUACCCCUUUCUUCAUCUCGUAAAAGCCGCGUUAACAACUUUGGGAUAGAUUGUCUCGAGUCUCUCAAAUUCACAUACAAGGUGCCAUGGCCGCUUGAGCUUAUUGCCAAUAGUGAGGCCAUUAAGAAGUAUAACCAGGUGAUGGGAUUUUUGUUGAAGGUCAAGCGAGCAAAAUUUGUGCUUGAUAAAGCACGAAGGUGGAUGUGGAAGGGUAAAGGCUCUGCAACAAAAAUCCGCAAGCACCACUGGUUACUGGAACAAAAGCUCCUCAAUUUUGUGGAUGCUUUUCAUCAAUACGUAAUGGACAGGGUAUAUCAUACCGCAUGGCGUGAACUGUGCGAAGCUAUGGUGAAAGCAGGGUCUCUGGACGAGGUCAUAUAUGUACAUGAGACCUACUUGAUAUCGAUUCAGAGGCAAUGCUUUGUGGUUCAAGAAAAGCUGUGGGCAAUCAUCGCAAGUCGGAUCAACAUGAUUCUUGGUUUAGCUCUAGAAUUCUACUCAAUACAACAAACACUGAGCAGCGGUGGAGCAGUUUCAGCGAUCAAGGCUAGAUGCGAAAUGGAAAUUGACCGCAUUGAGAAGCAAUUUGAAGACUGCAUUGCUUUCCUCCUUAGAGUAUUGUCUUCGAAGCUGAAUGUGGGACACUUCCCUCAUUUGGCUGAUUUAGUGACCAGAAUCAAUUACAAUUAUCACUACAUGUCUGACACUGGAAGCUUGAUGACUGUUUCUGGAGCAGACACCAACUCUUCCAGAACCUGGAAUGCCAAAUCUGAUGUCUGAAUCGACCAAAAUUACACAUAC